AUGGGAAAGGAUGCAAAUGGCGGAUGCUUGCUCAACGUACUGAACCUGGCAGCUUACCUUGUGAACUUGGGCAUCACUUACGGCUCUUUGACCGGUGCUUUUGGGCCCACCAACAGCAACCUCAGUGCCAAGUACCAUACCCUCCUCACGCCAUCAGGCUUCGCCUUCUCGAUUUGGGGACCCAUCUUCAUUUGGGAGGGGGUGUUCGCUGUGGCGCAGAUGUUCCCAUCAUAUCGCGCCAACCCAAUCGUUACCACCAUUACUCCCUGGUGGAUCGGCGCAUGCGUUUUCCAGUGCGCAUGGACUCUCUUCUUCGCGCAGGAGGUCAUGAUUGGGGCAAUGGCUUGCAUGUUGGGCAUCUUCAUUUGCCUCAUGGUAGGCAUUUUGCGCCUAGAUUUCCUGGAAAAGAUCUCCACCUGCGACUACUGGCUGCUCAGGGCGCCAUUCUCGCUGCACUGCGGCUGGAUUGUUGCGGCCACUUCCUUGAACAUUGGUGUGGUGGCCGACUUUUACAAAGCUGGCCCUGACGUGAUGUUGGCGCUGGCCAUGGUUUGUUUUGCGGGCAUCGCGGCAGUCGUCACUGUGUUUACCUUCGCCAGCCCGAAGGCAGAUCCUAUCAUAGCACUUGUGGCCUGCUGGGCAUUGCUUGGCAUGGUCGCAGAGUUGGCGGAUGCAGAGAAGCUGAAGGACGAGGCCACGCGCUGGAACUUCUUCGCCUGGCCAGAUUACGUGAUCAACGCAGUGCGGAUUUGCGCCUUUAUCCUCAGCCUCCUCUGCAUCGUGGCAGCCACGACCGCCACA